GUAAAAUUAAAAGCACCUUUCGAGCUACAUUCCAACCACCGUCGAGAACUUCUUUGGUUGAGUUUUUGUUAGGAACAUAUGCUCCUGUUUUUUUAAGAUUUGUGUUGAUGUGGAGUAUGGUACAUGGUUCAGAAGAUCAAGAAAGAGCUUUAUUCCAGCAUAUUCCUGAAAUCAAGAAAGUGCUUUAA